GUCCCGCCCCCUCCCUGCCGCAGUGGGAGACCCCGAGGCCUUCACAGCCAGGGAGUCCCGCCAUGCGAGUUGCACAGCUCCUACCUCUGCUGUUCCUGCUGUGGCCACGGCUCCGGGCUGCGGGUGUCACGGAGCAGACGCUGCCCACGGUGGUCCUUGCCAUCCUGGCCCGCAAUGCUGAACACUCUCUGCCCCACUACCUGGGCGCGCUGGAGCGCCUGGACUAUCCCCGGGCCAGGCUGGCCCUCUGGUGUGCCACAGAUCACAACGUGGACAACACGGCGGAGAUGCUGCGGGAGUGGCUGGCUGCGGUGGGCCCUGACUAUGCGGCUGUGGUCUGGAAGCCUGAGGAAGAGGCCAGGUCCUACCCAGAUGAACAGGGUCCCAAGCACUGGACCAAAGAAAGGCAUCAGGUUUUGAUGGAGCUGAGGCAGGAAGCGCUGACCUUUGCCAGGGGUUGGGGAGCGGACUACAUCCUGUUCGCAGACACAGACAACAUUCUUACCAACAACCAGACGCUGCGGCUUCUCAUAGAUCGGCGGCUGCCGGUGGUGGCUCCGAUGCUGGACUCACAGACCUAUUAUUCCAACUUUUGGUGCGGGAUCACUCCACAGGGCUACUAUCGUCGCACACCCGAAUACUUCCCCACUAAGAACCGCCAGCGCCAGGGCUGCUUCCAGGUCCCUAUGGUCCAUUCCACCUUCCUGCUGUCCCUGCAGACUGAGGAAACAGCCGAGCUUGCCUUCUACCCGCCUCAUCCCAACUAUACUUGGCCUUUUGAUGACAUCAUUGUCUUCGCCUACGCCUGCCAGGCUGCUGGAGUCUCGGUGCACGUGUGCAAUGACCACCGUUACGGGUACAUGAGUGUGGUAGCGAAGCCCCACCAGGGGCUGGAGGAAGAGAAGACCAAUUUCAUCCACCUGAUUUUGGAAGCACUCGUGUAUGGGCCCCCCAUGCUGGCCUCAGCUCACGUGUCUCGACCCCCAAAGAAGCCCAGCAAAGUAGGGUUUGAUGAAGUCUUUGUCAUCAGCCUGGCUCGCAGACCCCAGCGCCGGGCUCGAAUGCUGACUUCUCUCUGGGAGAUGGAGAUCUCUGCUCGGGUGGUAGAUGCUGUGGAUGGCAGGACGCUCAACAGCAGCAUCCUUAAGCACCUUGGUGUGGACCUGCUCCCUGGCUACCAGGACCCCUACUCAGGCCGCACACUGACCAAGGGUGAGGUGGGCUGCUUCCUCAGCCACUACUCCAUCUGGGAAGAGGUGGUUGCCAGGGGCCUGGCCCGGGUUGUGGUGUUGGAGGAUGACGUGCGCUUUGCGGACAACUUCCGGAGGCGACUGGAACGGCUGAUGGAUGAUGUGGUGACUCAGAAGCUUUCAUGGGACUUGAUCUACCUUGGCCGGAAGCAGGUGAACCCUGAGGAGGAGGUGGCUGUGGAGGGUCUACCUGGUCUGGUGGUGGCCGGGUACUCCUACUGGACGCUAGCAUACACCUUGAGCCUGGCAGGCGCUCGCAAACUGUUAGCCUCCCAGCCUCUGCAGCGCAUGCUACCUGUGGAUGAGUUCCUGCCUGUCAUGUUCGAUCAGCAUCCAAACAACCAGUACAAAGCACACUUCUGGCCUCGAGACCUCCAAGCCUUCUCAGCCAGGCCUCUGCUUGCCUCCCCCACCCACUAUUUGGGAGAGGCCGAAUGGCUCAGUGACACUGAGACAUCCUCCCUCUGGGAUGAUGACAGUGGCUGCCUCAUUAGCUGGACUGGCUCUCAAAAGGCCCUUCGUGGCCCCCACCUGCACCUGGCUGGCAGCAGUGGACACAGCCUCCACCCUCACCCCAGGGAUGAGCUCUAGGUGAGGCUGGGCCUGGAAGAUGACCCAUCCAUGG